AUGGACAAGUCAACUGCAGUUUGGCUGCUCUUGAUCACCGGAAUCUGCUUUGGAGUGCAAGCGCAGCAGACGAAGGAUGCACAACAGACACUGGAUGAGUUUCGUCAGCGAUAUCUGAUGCCGUUGCUCUCCUCUGGCACAAGGAACUGCACCCUGACAGCCUGCGAAUCCCUAAGGAUUAUUUCCCAGCUGCUACUGCUCAUUAAGGCGUUGCCUAAUGGGACUACGACCGAGCAACCAAAGCCACGCAAACCAAGCAGCAAUGGAGAGACAAAAACUGGCGACAUGUCUUCUAUGUUCAAUCUGGCCGAGUUCGAUAAGCGAGUGCGACAGAUCGAAAGUCGUCUGAGAUCGGUGGAGCAACCAAUUUGGCAUUUGGCCAGCGGCAGCGAAUUGGAGUGGAAUCAUUGCACUUCGGGUGUGUGUCGCUGCAAUCCGGAUACCAAGAGUUUCGCCUGCUGGAAUACGAAUUUGAAGGCGGUGCCAGUUACACAAGUGAUUCCCAUGAAUAUGGUUUCGAUUGAUUUAUCCCGCAAUUCGCUCUCCACGCUACACAAGGAUACGUUUCGAGGAUUAACGCUGCUAAAGCAACUCGAUAUUUCAAACAAUGUGCUGGACUUUUUACCCUUUGAUCUGUUUCAAGAUUUGGACAGUCUGCUGCAGCUUCGAAUUCAGAAUAAUCAUUUGGAGGACAUUGAUGCACGUACUUUCUGGAAGCUGCGCAAUCUCAAUUUGCUUGAUCUGGGCAAGAAUGCUAUAGCUCUGCUGCCCGAAUCGGUUUUCUAUCAUGCUCAGCGUUUGACUGUCAUCAAUUUGUGCGAUAAUCAAAUUACUACCUUUCCGCCGAAUCUGCUGAGGGAUCAGAUGAUGCUCGAGGAGCUGGACAUGUCCCGAAACAAGAUCGAGGAGCUUAUUUCGGGCAGCAUGCGGUAUCAGACAAAGCUAAAGUCCUUGGACUUUGGUUGGAAUCAAAUAGCCAAGAUCGAGGAUGACUUCUUCGAGGGAUUGAAGAGUCUUCAGGUGCUUAUGCUGCACAACAAUCGCAUCACUUCAAUAUCAGGCACCAUAUUCAACAAUUUGGCAAAUUUAGUCACGCUAGAUCUCACUAUGAAUCGCAUAAGUCAUAUUCAUGGUCAGGCAUUUGUCGAGCUCAAGAACCUCAAUGAACUGUUUCUCGGCCAGAACUCAAUGUCGAGCAUUCCGUCUGAUCUGUUUCUGCAUGUGAGCGCACUCACCCGCUUGACCUUCUUCUCGAACAACCUGACCACACUGGAGGCCAACGACUUUCAGGGACUGACUAACCUUAAAAUCCUUAUGCUCAACAACAACAUACUGAAGCACUUUGACUCGAGGGCAUUUGCACCGCUUACCCAACUGGAGAAACUUCGCAUUGACUCCAACAAGCUGAUGUAUCUGCCACACGGGGCACUCCAUGGCCUGGACAAGUUGGUAGCCGUGAAGCUGGACAAGAAUCCCUGGCAUUGUGAUUGCCGAGCAUUGUAUUUGGCGCGCUGGAUUCGUGAAUUCGUUGUGAAGCUGUGGGACGGUCAGCAACCGAUGUGUCGAGGACCCGGUGACCUUGGUGGCCAUGAGGUCGGACUGUUGCGGUACGAUGAUCUGUGCGACGGACAGUGGGCGAGCAUGUUGUCGUUGUCGCCGCGGUUACCGGUGCGCAAACAUCGCAUAUCCACACCGAUGAACUAUACCGACUAUUUCAAUUUGUACUUGAAGCAUAUCUAUAACGCCACCACCGAUGAGGAGCUCAAGGAGGCCGAAAUCACCAGUGUGGCCAUUAAGAAGGUACACGUCGAUUAAAGUAAGAACAAAAACUCCCCCUCAGGUUAGAGUCAUAAAUAAUUUACUGUUGGAAAGUCGCUAUUUAAAAAUUGCCAAUGUGCAUAAUUGUUGUCUAUCUCUAUCUCGCUCGCUCGCGCACGCUAGCUGUGCGGCCAUUUUGUAUUAAUAUUGUCGCCGCAUGAACAAAUAGCUCUUCAAAGGAAACUGGCGCCCUCUAUCGUCCCUUCGCCCCUCCGCCCCGUCCGCUGUUUGGCAAUGCACACAAAUUACGGACAUGUCUCGCGUGCUUCGGUUUUUAGCCAUGUGUCUGCGCGUCUAGGACACCAGCUUUUUACCUAACCAAUUUAUUGCUUCCGUCGCUAGGUACGCUUCCCCUUCUCCCAUAUUUCCUGCCAUCCGCCCCUUGCUUCUCAUUGUGUCAGUGCACUGCUUGCUAGUUUUUGCCGUUGUCCUUGCAAUUUCCAUGUGUUGACAUUGCCCACAUUCACUUCGCUCUCUCUCUUUCCCUCUUUUCAUUUCACUCCGUUCCACUCCCACUCACAUUCACUUCACUUUCGGUCGGUGCCGGCUGCUGUCUUUCCUGUUUCUCGUUUCUCGUUUCGCCUGUCGCCGCGAUAGUCGCCGACUCUCCGACUCUUCGACUACCGUCUAUCGCCUAUCCCUUCCUGUGUGAAACGGGCAGGAAAAGCGUUGGGUUGAGAGGAAGCGAAAAGAAAGGGAACUACAACAGCAUAUAGUAUAUAGUGGCAGCUCGCAUGCAGACAACAAAUGCAUUUUAUACAAAAUUUGCAAGGCAAAUAUUAAAAAAUUGAAUGCCGCCAUUGUUGUUUGUGUCACUGUCUCUGCUGUCUGGGGCUUCUUGGAUCGCCCAAAGGGGGCUGUGUGUGUGUGUGGAACAGUGCUGAUUGCCUUUAAGUGUCUCCCCCAAUAAACUGUCAACCCUUUUUGCCUCAGCCGAUUUUAAGCACCCUACAAGCCGCUCCUUGAACUGCUCACUCCACACUUGCAAAAAA